AUCCGCCAUAGCUAUGGGUUUCGGAGCCCUAAGAUCCAUGAUCCGACCCGUAUCCAGAGCCCUCUCACCGCCUCACACUUCUCUCCAGCAGCUAGAACAUUCUCCACCAUCCCUCCCCCGCAGCUCCGCCCCCUUCCGCCGCUGCAUUCCCUGGAUUCCGCCGCGCAGCGCCUUCCACAGUCUCACCAACGCCAGGUACCCGAAGCGUAGGCCCGAAGACAAGCCGCGCCGCAAGAGAGCAAGCUUGAAACCCCCAGGUCCGUAUGCGUGGGUGAAAUGUGUUCGUGGGGAAACUAUACUUCCCAAUCAGCCAAAUCAGGGGAGUGUGAAGAGAAGGAAUGAGAAGAAGAGAAUUAAACAGCAUCGUGCAUUCAUAAAGUCGGAAAGAAAGAUACGCAGAGGUCAGGUGCAGGAGGCCAAGUGGAAGAAGCUCACCCUAAGGGUGGAGCGAAAAAUGGCUGCAGUUGCAAGAGACAGAGCCUGGGCCGAAAGACUAGUCGAACUCAAACGGAUCGAAGAGGAGAAGAAGCAUCAAGCAGCUAUGAGUUGAUGCCUCUCUUUCUGUAUCAUAUGAAAGCACCAUUCUUUUUUGGAAUAUGAAAAUUUAAAAUUUCAACGGUUUUUGCAUCAUUUAUAUUCAACGCAAUGAAAGAAUCAUUUACCAAUUU